CAGAAGAGUCAGACCGGCGGAGCAGAGACGUUUGUAACCCCGCCCCCUCCCGGACACGUUGCCCAGGGAGAGGCUGCACGGGCUGGAUGUAACUGAUGAGUGGACGUCUCUUUACCGCUGCUGCUGCUGCUGCUGCUGCUGCAUUCAUGCUCUCUGUCUCUCUCUCCAUCAUUAACUCUCUACGUCAGACUCUUGUCCUCAUUUCACCGAGCAGGACACGCUACUGGUCGCAGGUGGUGAUGCUCUCUACUGGCUGAGAGUGUAACCCCACCAUGUCAACUUCAGACUCUGAUUACUCUAUUGACUGGCUCGCCAGCGAUGAGGAAGACUAUGAGAGCCCAAAGACACUCAGUCCCCGGUGCACAGUGGAGUCAUCGUCUUCAUCCUCAUCGUCUUCUUCAUCAUCAAGGGAAUCUCCCACUAGCUGCGUCCACUCUGGAGUGAACCAGAGGAGGAUGAGCAAAUCGCGCAACUGCGCAGACGUCAGAGCCCAGGCUGUUCUGCAGACGCCGGCCUUCAGCCUGCCUCAGGGAUCCACGUCUGUUUGUUUGCAGCAGACUCUUCCUGUGGAGGCGCAGCAUCGUUCAACCAGGAAGAGAGCACACAGUGCUGGUUUGGAUGGACUCUGUGAAAAGAAUCAAGCAGACACUGAAAAUGAGCUAUUCUCACACAAGUGCUUGGAGCUGCAGUGCUAUAUCCAGCCUCUGUCCUCCAUCCUGCGGAGCCUGAAAUCAGGGAGGUACUCUGAACGUCUCAGCAGUUUCCAGGAGAGCAUUGCUAUGGACCGUAUUCAGAGAAUACUGGGAGUCCUUCAGAACCCAAACAUGGGCGGGCGUUUCCUCAGAAUCAUUCUGAAAAUAGAAGAAAUGCUUCGGAGUUGGUUUCCGCAAAUCGAACCAAAUCGGCAGCAGAUGUUUGAUGACGCACCACCCAAGAAGCAAAAGCGUCACUCCUCCUCCUCCCCCGCAGCAUCUCACUGCUCGUCAGACAUAAAGGUGACGGCCUCAUUCUCCUCCUGUCUCCUCAAAUGGUCUCACACCUCAUCACCCAUCUGCUCACUGAAGACGACAGAGUCGGCGCACAGCCCAGCCGCCACCGCCGCUCUACUCCCGCCCGCUCGCUGCAGACAGGAAGUGACCCAGGACAACGUCGUCUCCUCCAGCACGGACUCACACACAAGAUCACAGCACCACCUCAGCGCCCGGCCUGUCCACAGCCAGGGACUGACGCCCUUCACAAUCAGCUCGCCUUGUCUCAAAAGACUCCUGCAGACAAAGGACAGCAUCAUCACUCCCAGGACUGUGGGAGAUGAAGACUGGCUGUCGUAAGCGGUGCCAUACGUGCUGUGGCUGACCUCUGGUCUUUUUCUUUGCAGCUCAGUCCACAAUAGGACCUUCUCCGGUUUCAAAAGUAAUCCUCUCCACACACACACACACACACACACACACACACACACAGUUAUUAGGGUUACAUGUUUGGCUACACAACUCAUCUGGUGUAAACAAGCGCGAUGAUGUCAAACAGAGGAGACACAGGUGUACCGUGUGAUGGUUAAAGCCAGAAAAGUCAGAUUUUCCUGUUAAAAUCUUCAUCCUCAGCCACAGUUUUAGUGUGUAUGAAAGGCCAGGACACACCAAAAAAAAGCUGUUUUCAAAAAUACCUGCCUACAUGACAUGGAGGUCACUGUAAAAAUGGUCAGUGACAAGAACUGUUUGGAUGGACUUCCUCAUGUAACAAGUCCACAGGUUGUUGGUUGGCGACACGAGACGGAGACGCCGAGUGAAACAUGAAUAUAACAUCGUUUGACCCGAAAUUUGUCUGAUAGGACUCCUCCGCCUGAUUCCUCUACCUCAGACACACUGUUCCCACAAACACCACUCCUCAACUUUUGAGUUAAUAUUUUACCAAUAUUAAACCAUAUCAUCACCAUGUGCUAUUACAUAUAUUUAAUUACUUAGCUUCCAAAUAUAAAGUGGGACGUGAGACUUGCCGCUCUGUAAUGAGAACUUGGUAAAGUUCAGCGUUUCAAUAACUGGUCAGUUUUCUUCCUUUUUUAUCUUCCUUCGUCAGCAGUUAAUGCGACUUUCAGACUUUAACCACAAUCUGCUAGAAGACAGUUUUAGAUUUAAAAAAAAAAAAAAAUGUUCUAUUAUAUUUAAACAGGGUUCCUAGACCUUGGUUGACAUCAAAUUCAAGCACUUUCCAGGACAAAUUUCCUCAAAUUCAAGGACUGACAGUACAGACACAGUUUAAGAUGGAAGGACAACGUGUAAGAGCCACUUUGCCCAUGACGUCCACUUUUAUAGAUUGGCAGCACACCCUGCAUCUGGAUAAGUGAUCUUAAGCAAGAGAUCUUGGAAUUAGCAUUUCCCAGGUAUCACGUAAUUUGUCUCUUUCUUGCUUAACGUUACUCGCUCAUUGUUCUGCGUGGAAUCUCAUGUCAACGGCGGAGAGAGACAGCGAGAGGACAGAGUCCACAACCCCGCUAGUAACUAUGACUCAAGACAUUAUCAACCUAAAUUCUUUCUUGCACAAAAUUCAAGCACUUUCAAUGAUCCAAUUUUCAAAAAACCUCCAAGGGCCUUGAAUUUGUUUUGUUUUUUUCCAAAUUCACAUGUUGAAGAUUUUCACUGACUUAUGGGAACCCUGUUUAAAUGGUUUAAUGUUGAGUUUCAGGUCACUGCGACAGAAAUGUCACCAACUUGUAUUUGAACACAUCGUGUGUCGACACACUGACGCCUAGUUUCCAUUAGUUCUGUCCAUACGAGAGUCCUUUCAAGUGCUGCUGUGAUUAAAUAAUAUUAAAUAAUUAGUAGUAAUAGUUUUCUCAAAGCAAAAACAUGUACUAUACUCUGUCUUUCGCCCUAUAUCAGCAGAGUUUAACACCAGCGACCCUCAUGUGGAGGAUAAAGCUGCAAUAACAGACAUAAAGCAUAGACAAAACAAACUAAUAAUAUCCUCCCCAUCCAUUAACAACUGAUUUUCGCAGCAUUGAUCACGGGGAGGCAGAAUCUGUAAAUGAAACAGAAUUAUUACAAGAACUAAAACAGUGGAAACGAGGUGUGGUGGUGACCGACGCUGGUGUUUUAGCGUGCUGCAUUCACUGCUCAGCCUUUGACAGACAUCAAUAAAUAACGAAAUAUGUGGCGAGCAUAAAAAUCCAAAACUGUUCUUUAAUAGAUGUAGAUGUUUUUUUUCGUUGUGUGAUUUUAUUUCAUCUGCUCAGAUGGAAACAUGGCCUUUGUGAUAUUUUAUAUUCUGAAAUAAAUGUGAUGACUUUCUGAA